AACGACUUUCAGUCGACGUCAAAGGUGUUAUAUUGUAUUCCCUUUAGUAAAAAACCCUAGAAUUAAAUAGUUAGCAAAACCAUGUCCCAGGCAAGUCAACAACCUUGUGACAUGCAGUCCCUGCGAUGUCUGCACUGCAUGAAAGUGAUCCGCUGCUCCCGCUACGAUACCAGCGAACUGGUGCGCCACAUCGAGAAGGAUCACCCGGAGAUCUAUGCGGUGACCAGCGAUAAGAUCAAGAAUCUGCACAAGCUGGCCGCGGAUCAUGGCAUCAGCGAAGAACGCCUCUCGAAGAUCAGCAAGAUGACGGGUCUCUCGGAGUCACAGAUGGCCGAGGAGGCCGAAAAAUACAUAGCCAAGAAGAAAAGUUCCACCCGAAGUGGUGGAUCCGAGGCUGGAGAGCCGGUGGCCUGCAGUAGAGCCUCCUCGAAGUCGGAGAAGCCCAGCUGCCCGUGUCCAUGUCCACGUCCUGUGGACAAGGCUACGUCCCACCGAAGGAGCUGCUAUCGGGCCUCCAUCGAGCGCUGGGCUCCGGCGGAGGGUCGCAUCUUCUGCCCCUGCUGCGCCUGCAGCAAGCGUCCGCUGAUCAAGGCCGCCUCGGAGAUUGUGGACAACGGAUGCUGCGCCGCCUGGGUGGUCUCCUGCUGGCCCCUGUGCUUCCUGCCCUGCCUGAUGUCCUCGGACAACAAGGAGUACCUCUACUGCUCCAACUGCCGCACCUUCCUGGGCAUCUACGAUCGCGAGAACAGCUGUGUGCAGCCCAGCAAGGAGUUCGUGUCCUGCAGCAAGUCGGCCACGCCCCCGCCCAAGUCGCCCCUCCAACGGCCGCCCGAAAAGUCUUAAAAGGACUUUUAGUGGGCGUUGUAUUGUUAGUUAUUAAAUUGUUUGUGAAUGUGUUUAAACACCUAACCCACUUUUCACUAUAUCCUAUGUCCUGUAACAAAAUUUCAGUAGC